AUGAUUAUUUUUACAGUUCACUUGGCUAAGAUAGGGCCAUUAACGGAUUUAAGAUGGCAAUCGGGUGGGAAGAAAACUCAAGAGGACAACAACAUAGCAAUACAUGUCACUCCACCCGAUGGCGAAGAAGAUGAUGAGAUCGUACCUCCGCUGAGGCCGCGCAGGAAGCUGAGCAGUCCGCUUAGCAGCUUACCUAGCGCCGUCGAAGGCUUUGUUGGUGGACCCGCACCACGUUCACUGUCGCCGUUGGAUCGCACAAAGCGGCGCUUCAGUACAAUGGUAUCAAGUGCUGCCGCGGCUGCUGUAUCCCGACGUCUGUCCGCUACGAUUGGCUGGUGUCUUGCUUCGCCUACACAAGUCAAACCACAAAUUGUAAGGCAAGGUCGCGCCCUUUGCUUGCAGUACAUCAAAAGCCAAAUUCGAAGAUCGUCAAUUUGCCCAAAAAAGCAAAUUGUAAUGAAACGCCUGCAGCAAAUGCUUGAAACCGAGUGUGGUGAGGAAGCAAUAUCUAAUACAGAAAACGGUGUGCUGGCCGCAUUACGUGCACUCUGCGCUGCUCUAGAAAGGAAACGACCAGAUGCUUUCCGACAUGUAGCUCGGCAAGCGACUCGGGCACCUACGACGAUGUUGCGGUCUGAUACCGCCCUGGCGGAACUUGCUCUUGCCCUUGCGAGACGUAUUACACGAGAAAACAUCACCUGGUCAAAGAUCGCAGCAGUAUACUGUGUAUGCGGAGCUUUGGCUCGUGAAGCUGCGGAAGCAUCAGAUGGAGAGCCAGCCCUCGAGUUAGUAGCCGCACCGGCAGCUGCAAUUGCUGAUUUGCUUCAUGAAGAGCCUGGAUCGUGGAUUGCAGCGCACGGUGGUUGGAGCGGACUCAUCGAACGUUUACGUGUUAGCGAACGUGAUCAACGAUCCGAGAAAACCCUUCGUGUUAUGGUGUGGUUCUUCGUAAUGGCAUGUUUUGUAUUACUUCUUCUAAGAUGGGUUAUUCAAGGACACCCUGCAUAUUAUUCCUAA